AUGGCAGACACGUAUGUCAUUGUUCGUGUGUAUCCAUAUGCAGAGAAGGACCCUGGAGAAGUGCCGGAAGCCACUCUAGAUGCAUUCAAGACCAGUCGGGGCUGUGUCAUUCCACGGGAGCAGCCUUCCAAGCGCCAGUCUGCAUCUCGCCGUGAGCGACAGUCGACAGAGCCACUCGAAGCCCAAAACGUUCCGGUGCUCGACACCCUUCCAUACGUCGAGCUGAGGCUCAGCGAUACUCCCGGGUUCCGCUCCGGGUUCGUUUUCAGCUGGGGCCCAAACAGCGACGUCGUUCUCCCCGACAAUCGGGGCGUUGGGUACCACCACUUCAGUCUGACUUUCGACGAUAAGAAACGGCCCAUCGUGAAAGACUGGGGUUCUCUCAACGCAUCGCCGGCCUACAUCGAGAAAGUCGACCGGUUUUUCCAGAACGCACCAGCCACUGAAGAUCUACUCAGCAGUCUCGACAUUGCGAGCCGUCCAGUCACCGAGCGGCCGACAGGAACCCACACGCCUGACACAGGACCGAUUCAUCUCCCACCGGAGAGGAGUAUGCCCCUCAAGGAGCCCUCUGAAGAGGCCCAUCGCAGGGGCCGAGUCCGUAUUAACGCUUGGAGGAAUGAGGCGCACAUUAUGAACCUCAUUUCGCAUCCUCACGUCGUGAAGCUUCUCAAGUCCGACUUUACGCAGGGCCCACGACUACACCUGGAAUACGUUCCCUGCGGAUCUUUGGCCAAUCAACGCAACAUCUCAGCUGCCGAAUGUGUAUCAAUUCUUCAGCAGUGUCUAUCGGCUCUGGAGUACCUGCACGGGAGCGACCCGCCGAUUGUGCAUCGGGAUAUCAAAGCAAACAACGUCCUGGUCCAAUACCGGGAUAGCGACGGCAUCUAUGUCAAGUUCGGUGACUUCGGACUGGCGAGGGACUAUGAUAACAUGUCCACAAUUUGCGGCAAUUUCGCGCACCUUGCACCUGAGGUGUACCAGAACCACCAAUAUAUCCAAGAUGGUGGCAAGGGCAGAGUCAGCUAUACCGAGGCUGUCGAUAUUUGGUCCCUUGGUGUUGUGGUGUACGAAUUGCGCUGCCCUCUUCCACAGUUCGAAACCCAAUACAUAUCAAGCGGGACGGCAUGGCCCAAGAAGCUCAUCAAUAUGUUCAAGAAGGACUUCGAGGAAUGGCCCGACGAGCUGAGGAGAUUUCUUCUGGACGCAAUGGUGGUCUUACUGCCGGAGCAGCGGUGGUCGGCUGGAGACUGCUUUGCAGAAGCAGCCCUUCUAUCUGCUCCAGCCAUGGACCAGUCCGAGACCGCAGUGGCGGUUUCGUACGUCAGCGAUGAUGAGCGGUCGACGAUUCGCUACAAAGCAGAGCCAAGCAUGGCCCAGGGCCUCGAGAGGCAGCCUGGCUCGUCCGAGUAUUCGACUCUGUCGACCGAUGCCGGCAGAUACGACAGAUCAGGCGCACCCACCCCUCGGGCUUCAGUUACAGCAUCAGCGUUUAGCCGGGAGAGAGCAACGGCGUCAACAUCUUCGUCGUCCGGAAGACACAGGAAGCGCCGAGAGCACGGCAGCAGCAGCAGCAAGGCCGACACUGCCUCCCGCCAGCAGCGAGACCGCAUCCUUAACAAUCGCACAUAGGCAUCGCUUCCUCCCGAUGCAU